CCUCGGCCCGGCCGCCAUGGAGCCGCGGCGGUGACAGCGCCGUCCCGCAGCGCCCGCCGUGAGCGGGGCCGCCGCCCGCAGACAUGGAUGAACAAGAGGCCUUGAAGUCCAUCAUGAAGGACCUGGUGGCACUGCAGAUGGGCAGGCGCCACCGCCUCCCUGGCUAUGACACCAUGAAGAAUAAGGACACUGCUCACUCCAACAGACAGAAAAAACACAAUGCCAGCAGUCCCCCCCUCUUGGGCAGCCCUGCAAUAAUGAACCAGUGUGCCUCUGCAGUGGAAGAAAAAAAAAUUCCGAAUGAUGUCAGGAUAAAGUUUGAACAUAAUGGGGAGAGACGGAUCAUUCCGUUUGUCCGUCCCGUGCGCUACGAAGACGUGCAGCAGAAAGUGAAAACAGCCUUUGGGCAGCCCCUGGACCUCCACUACAUGAACAACGAGCUCUCUAUUCCUUUGAAAAACCAAGAUGAUCUGGAUAAAGCUGUGGAUCUCUUGGACCGGAGCUCAAAUGUGAAAAGCCUGAGGAUACUGUUGCUGUCCCAGGACAGAAACCAUACCAGUUCUUCACCCCACUCUGGACUGCCCAAGCAAGUCAGGAUUAAAACUUCCCAAUCUGUAGGGGAUGUGAGCACACCCUACCAGCAGCCAGAACCCAGAAGCAGGCAUCUGUCUGUCAGCUCCCAGAACACGGGCCGCAGCUCUCCCCCGCCCGGCUACGUCCCCGAGCGGCAGCAGCGCAUCGCCCGCCAGGGCUCCUACACCAGCAUCCACAGCGAGGGCGAGUUCAUCCCCGAGACCAGCGAGCAGUGCAUGCUGGACCCUCUAAGCAGUGCUGAAAACUCAGUGUCAGGAAGCUGCCAGUCCUUGGACAGCCCUUCUUUUCGGAAGUCGCGGAUGUCAAGGGCACAGAGCUUUCCUGACAAUAGGCAGGAGUUCUCAGACCGUGAGAAUCAGAUCUACGACAAAGCAGGCAAAGGUGGCACCUACCCUCGGCGCUACAACGUCUCCAUGCAGCACAAGGACUACAGCGACGGCCGGAGGACGUUUCCCCGGAUCCGACGUCACCAAGGGAAUCUCUUCACCCUGGUGCCCUCCAGCCGCUCGCUGAGCACCAACGGGGAGAACCUGGGCCUGGCCCUGCAGUACCUGGAGCCGCGGGGCCGCCUGCGCAGCGCCGACAGCGAGAACGCGCUGGGAGUGCAGGAGAGGAACAUUGCCACCAAGUCUCCAAGUGCUCCCAUGAACUGGCGCCGGGGGAAGCUGCUGGGCCAGGGCGCCUUCGGCCGCGUGUACCUGUGCUACGACGUGGACACGGGCAGGGAGCUGGCAGCCAAGCAGGUGCAGUUUGAUCCAGAGAGCCCUGAAACAAGCAAGGAGGUGAGUGCUCUGGAGUGUGAAAUUCAGCUGCUGAAGAACCUCCAGCAUGACCGUAUCGUGCAGUAUUAUGGCUGCUUAAGGGAUCGAGCAGAGAAGACCUUGACCAUCUUCAUGGAGUACAUGCCAGGGGGGUCAGUGAAGGACCAGCUGAAGGCGUACGGGGCCCUGACGGAGAACGUCACCCGCAAAUACACGCGGCAGAUCCUCGAGGGCGUCUCCUACCUGCACAGCAACAUGAUCGUGCACAGGGACAUCAAGGGUGCCAAUAUUCUCCGUGACUCUGCUGGGAACGUGAAGCUGGGGGACUUUGGGGCCAGCAAAAGGCUGCAGACAAUCUGCAUGUCGGGGACAGGCAUCCGCUCCGUCACGGGCACCCCGUACUGGAUGAGCCCGGAGGUGAUCAGCGGCGAGGGCUACGGCAGGAAGGCAGACGUGUGGAGCCUGGGCUGCACCGUGGUGGAGAUGCUGACAGAGAAGCCCCCGUGGGCAGAGUACGAAGCCAUGGCAGCGAUCUUCAAAAUCGCCACGCAGCCCACCAACCCCCAGCUCCCCUCGCACAUAUCGGAACAUUGCCGGGACUUCCUAAAGCAGAUCUUUGUGGAAGCCAGGCACAGACCCUCUGCUGAAGAGCUGCUCAGACACCAGUUUGCACAGCUCCAGUACUGAAUUACCUCCCUUGGCUCGCAGCUCCUGCCGGGCUCUCCGUGCCCUGUCUCGUCCAGUUGCAACUGCCCGUUGUGGUGCUGCAUCUUGAAAAUGCCAACUCAGCCAGGCCCGGUCCUUUGGGAAGUUCUGCCAAGGAACUGAGGGUCUGCUCUCGUGCCUGAUUCCUUCGUGUGCUGGACUGGUGUUCGUCCUGCCGACAGCUGCCCAAGCAGAGCUGCGGUUUUGCCCCAGAUUUUGCUACCUGGCUGUGACCCUGCAGCUGGCUGCGUGUUUCCUGCAGGAAGGGGAAUCUGACAAGUGUCAUCACUGGUUGAACA